GCAGGUGGGCAUGAGAGAUGGAUACCAGUUGGAAAGACAAGGAGCCCCCUGAAACCAAGGAGUCUGCUGUUAAUAAUUCUGAAAAUGCCUCCUUCAUUUUGGGAACCGGGAAGCUUGUGACUCCCCAGAAGCUUGGACCUGAAGGGACUCCUAAUCUUUGUACACCGAAUGUGUUUAAGACACCUUUGAACUUUUCCACAGUAACUGUAGAGCAAUUGGGAAUUACACCUGAAAGCUUCCUUAACAACUCUUCAGGAAAGUCAUCAUCCUACCAUAAAAAAUUCAGACGACGUUCUGCAGUUGGUUCCCGGGGCUCUCCUGAAACAAACCAUCUGAUCCGUUUCAUCGCCCAGCAGCGGAAUUUGAAGAGUGCUGAGAGGUCUCCAUUUGGGAGAUCCUGUGGGUCCCCUUUCCAGGGCAGCCCUGGACUAUAUCGAAAUGUUAAUUUUUUAAGAGAGCGAAUAUCUGCUUUCCAGUCAGCUUUUCACCCCAUAAUGGAGAACGAGAAAAUGGCUGACUGUUCAGAAUUCUCAGAGGCAGAAGGAGGGUCCAAGACAACAGGCUUAACCAAAAACGAAGGGCUCGGUGAGUAUCAGCAGUCUGGGUUCCCUGCAAACCUGCAGUCCAAACGUCGGCGGAUUUCGCGGAGCAGCUCUGAGGAUGCCCUCAGCAAUAUGGGAGCAGAGGUGAUGGAUCUGCAGGUAUUCACCACUGAUGCGGACAGGACGUGUGCUGCUGGUGCUUCUACACACCUUCCAGAGAAAUCAUCAGAACUUGAUUGUACCCAGUCUGACUGUGCAGUUGAAGAGUCUGUUUCCCUUCCAGAGAUCAGAGAGCCUUUGAGUGGAAUUGAGGCCGCUGACUGUGUAGAGGGUACAGGAUCAGUUGAAGACAUUCCACUUGACAUACUGACAGCAGAAGUGAGUUCAGACACCAACACCGUCCCCAACAAAAGGUCGCCAGUUACUCCUGUGUGCAGGAAGAACAUUCUACUCCCUGAGACUGUUGUUCUCCGUUCUGUAUUGAAGAAACCCUCUGCGAAGCUGUUUCCAGAGAGAUCACAGGAACACCACGACAACCUCUGUGAUGAUGGAACUCAACCAAGCCUAAUCUCAGCUCUUUCAAACUGUUGCAAAGAACAAAAAGCAGAAGAUCAGGAAAGCUGUAAAGCUCUGGCCUUGCAAAACGUGCGGAAGAGGAAGAGAGUUACUUUUGGAGAGGACCUAAGCCCUGAAGUGUUUGAUGAGUCUUUGCCAGCAAAUACUCCAUUGCGGAAAGGAGGAACCCCUGUCCGCCAAAGGGAUUUAAGUAGUGUCAGCCCCUUGCUACUUGAGCAGUCGCCAGUUCCCGAGCAGUUACUUCAACCAAAUUUUGAUGACAAGGGGGAGAAUCUUGAAAACAUAGAGCCACUUGACGUAUCAUUUGCAGUUUUGAGUCCUAAUAAGGCAUCGAUGUCUGAGACUCUUUCAGGUAUAACUUGUCUAUCGAAUAAUCAUAAAUGUCAUUUUCAGUAUGUGAAACUUACUUCCUUUAUUGUCUUCUGA